AUUGAAGCGCAAGUCAUGUCGGGUACAAAAGAGACAGCAGGCAGGAGGAAAGCUAAAAGCUUGAGCCUUCUGUUGCUACAAACCAGAGGGAAAGACUGGGGAGGGAGAGAGAGAGAGAGAGAGAGAGAGGAGAAGGAGAUGCAGAGCUCAUCCUGCGGCGGGUUCAGUUCGGUUCCUGCUCUCGGGUCUUCUUCCAAGAAGACCCAAUGCACCCCGGCAUCAAAAAUUUGUGGCAACCUUGUCAUCCCGCAAAUAAGUGGCCUUAACUGUCGAUCUCCAAAGUUGCAUGGAUAUUGCAGAUUCUCAUCUCCUAGAAUUCAGACAAAUGGGAGGGCGGAGCGCAACUCGAAAGUUUCAGCUGUUUUGACUCAUGAUGACUCGACCACAACAAGCACGGACGAUGACUUUGAAAAUUUGGGUAUAUUUAAUGUUGAUCCUGCCUUGGAGAAGUAUAAAGAUCACUUCAGAUAUAGAAUGGGCAGAUAUGUGGAUCAGAACAAGCUCAUUGAAAAGUAUGAAGGUGGUCUCGAGGAAUUCGCAAAAGGUUAUUUGAAGUUUGGAUUUAACCGAGAAGAAGGAGCCAUUGUGUACCGCGAGUGGGCCCCCCCUGCUCAGGAAGCACAAAUUAUUGGGGACUUUAAUGGGUGGGAUGGAUCCAAGCACGUUAUGGAAAAGAAUGAAUUUGGUGUUUGGAGUGUAAGGAUCCCUGAUAAUAAUGGAAACCCAGCUAUACCUCACAAUUCAAGAGUUAAGUUCCGUUUCAAGCACGGCGAUGGAAUUUGGGUAGAUCGAAUCCCUGCUUGGAUCAAAUACGCCACAGCUGACCCUUCAAGAUUCGCAGCACCAUAUGAUGGUGUUUACUGGGAUCCGCCACCCGAAGAGAGAUACCAGUUCAAGUAUCCUCGUCCUCCAAAACCAGAUGCGCCGCGAGUCUAUGAAGCUCACGUCGGAAUGAGCAGCUCUGAGCCUAAAGUCAAUUCAUACAGAGAAUUUGCCGACGAUGUUCUUCCCCGUAUUCGAGCCAAUAACUACAAUACUGUCCAGUUAAUGGCAGUAAUGGAACACUCCUACUAUGCGUCAUUUGGGUAUCACGUCACAAACUUCUUUGCUGUGAGUAGUCGUUCAGGGACUCCCGAGGACCUUAAGUAUCUCAUAGAUAAGGCUCACAGUUUAGGCUUGCGUGUUUUAAUGGAUGCUGUUCAUUCCCAUGCGAGCAGUAAUGCCACCGAUGGGCUUAAUGGCUUUGAUGUGGGACAAGGCCCAAAAGAAUCCUACUUCCAUAUAGGGGAACAAGGCUACCAUAAGUUGUGGGAUAGCAGGCUUUUCAACUACUCAAAUUGGGAAGUCCUCCGAUUCCUUCUAUCAAACCUCAGAUGGUGGAUUGAAGAAUACAACUUUGAUGGGUUUAGGCUUGACGGGGUGACUUCUAUGCUUUACCAUCACCAUGGGAUCAACAUGGCUUUUACUGGAAACUAUAAUGAGUACUUCAGCGAGUUGACUGAUGUCGAUGCUGUUGUUUACCUUAUGUUAGCAAAUACGUUGAUCCCUAAGAUCUUGCCUGAUGCCACUGUGAUUGCUGAGGAUGUUUCGGGUAUGCCUGGGCUUGGGAGGCCUGUAUCUGAAGGGGGAGUUGGAUUUGAUUACCGAUUAGCAAUGGCGAUUCCUGACAAGUGGAUUGAUUACUUGAAGAAUAAGAAGGAUGAAGAGUGGUCGAUGGAGGAUAUUGCGUGGAGUUUAACUAAUCGGAGGUACACAGAGAAGUGUAUAGCUUAUGCUGAGAGCCAUGACCAGGCCAUUGUAGGUGACAAGACUCUAGCAUUUCUCCUGAUGGACAAAGAAAUGUAUUCAGGCAUGUCUUGCUUAACAGAUCCACCUCCUGCUGUUGAGCGAGGAAUCGCUCUUCACAAGAUGAUACAUUUCCUCACUAUGGCAUUAGGAGGUGAGGGCUACCUCAAUUUCAUGGGGAAUGAGUUUGGCCAUCCUGAGUGGAUAGAUUUCCCUAGAGAAGGAAAUGGAUGGAGUUAUGAUAUGUGUAGACGCCAGUGGGACUUGGUGGAUACAGAUCACCUGAGAUACAAGUUCUUGAAUGAGUUUGAUAAAGCCAUGAAUUUGCUUGAUGAGAAAUUCUCUAUCCUCUCAUCAACCAAGCAGAUUGUCAGCACCACCAACGAAGAGGACAAGGUUAUUGUGUUUGAACGUGGAGAUCUGGUUUUCGUCUUCAACUUUCAUCCUGAGAAUACCUAUCGUGGGUAUAAAGUAGGGUGUGACUUGCCCGGCAAAUACCGAGUUGCACUUGAUAGCGAUGCUAGGGAUUUUGGUGGGCAUGGAAGGGUGGGCCAUGAUGUGGACCAUUUCACAACUCCUGAAGGCAUCCCCGGGGCACCCGAGACGAACUUCAACAACCGUCCCAACUCCUUCAAAGUGCUAUCACCACCUCGAACUUGUGUGGCCUAUUACAGAGCUGGCGAUGACGAUGCAGUUGCCAAGAGUAAUCCUAUAGCUGAUGCAAGUCGAGAAGAUGCUCUUCUUCCCAAAGAAGAUGGUGAAACCGAUCAAGAGCCCGAAGACGCAAAACCUCAAAAUCGAGGUGGCAGAGGAAGAGGCAUCAUCUGAUCACUGCAAAACUUUUUAGUGCUGGAGCGCAGGCUGAGGAUGACUUCGGCAAGGAAUAAAAUGCACAGAGAAUUCCCUCUCGGAAUAUAUGUAUUGUUCUGCUCUGUACAUUAUGUGGUGUAUGUAGAGUUGUGUAGCAUGCGGAUUGGGACAUAUUCUGGCGAUGUUCGAUUAUGUCGAAUACAUGUAAAUGCAUAUAAGCCAAGAUAGUCGGCCUUCGAGAGCCCGUGUAUCUAUACAUAUCGGGAUAUGUUGUAUAAAGGUUUUGGCAUUGAAUAAAAGUUUUUAUAAUAUAAGUUUC